AUGGAGUCGCUUGCAAGCAAGGAAGAAGUGGCGGAUUGCAUUAUCGUGCAGACUGUUCUUCAGAAGCUGGACAAAGCCUCUCAAAAUAGAUGGGAGGAGUCUUCGUCGAAUCAAGAGCUGCCAUCUUGGGAGAAACUGUCUGGAUUCUUGGAAAAAAGAUGUCGCACGCUUGAAAAUGUGGAUCAAGGACAAGGACAAGAUGGUCAGGUUGGCAAGUCCGGAAAAACCGUGAAGUUCACCACUAGCAUCACUGCCGUCGUUGCCCAGAAGAUCACGGACCAUCAACCUAGCAUCACAGUUAGCACUGCUAGUUGGCCUAUACCGUCGAAUAUCCAGCUUGCUGACCCUUCGUUCCAUAAGCCACAGCGGAUUGACCUGCUCAUCGGAGCCGGACUUUUCUUCGAGUUGCUGUGUGUGGGGCAAAUUCAGCUGGCGCCUGGACUACCGUUGCUGCAGAAGACACAUCUAGGAUGGAUUAUUUCUGGUGGCGGGCACUCGGCCCUCAAUAACUCGUCGUUCAUCGCAACCCAAUCUUCGGAUGACAUCAAUCACAGCACUCGGCUCGAUGAGUUGGUUCGUCAAUUUUGGGAAGUGGAGCACAUCUUUGAGCCAAUCGUUAGGGCAACAAAGGAGGAGCUGCACUGCGAGGACCACUUUGUCAAACAUCACACUCGAUUACCCUCAGGAGAAUAUUCUGUUAGCUUGCCCAUGAAGCGAAGUCUGGAGUCCUUGGGCGAUUCCUACUUGCAAGCAAAGCGGCGGUUGGAAAAUUUGGAGCGCAAGUUCGUGCGUAAUCCAGUUUUAUAUUCGAAAUAUUCGGCAUUUAUGAAGGAUCAUAUGUCUCUGGUUCCAAAUGAAGAUAGACACAAGUGCAGAUAUUUCUUGCCGCAUCAUUGCGUCAUUAAAGAGGAUAGCUCCACGACAAAGCUGAGAGUCGUAUUCGACGGCUCUGCAGUUACCACAUCUGGUGUCUCGUUGAAUGAUCUGCUUAUGUCAGGUCCCACCAUUCAAUCCAAGCUGUUUCACACUCUCCUUCGAUUUCGUACAUUUUCCAUUGCUCUUACAGGCGAUAUCGGUAAGAUGUAUAGGUGCGUGCGUGUCUCAAUGCCCGACACCAUGCUCCAAUGCAUCUUGUGGAGGGACUCUGUUGACGACGAUAUAAAGAUCUUCAAGCUAAACACCGUCACCUAUGGGACUAAGCCUGCAUCGUUUUUAGCUAUUCGAGCUAUGCAUCAGCUGGCCAUGGAUGAGUCGUCUUCGUAUCCAUUGGGUUCGGAAACCAUUCUACAGGACUUCUACGUAGACGAUAUGAUUUCUGGAGGAAAUUCAGUCGAGGAAGUGCUGGAUAUUAUGCGUCAAACCACGGAGCUUCUUGCUUGUGGCAAUUUUCAGUUAAGGAAAUGGUGUUCAAACUCUCCUGAUGUUCUUCGUGAAGUCCCUGAGGCAGAAAGGGAAAGUUUUCUGAAGCUCGAUGAUGGCAGCGAUGUGACCAAGGCGCUUGGACUCAUCUGGGAACCCCAGAGGGACAAUUUCCUGUUUACUUUUGCACCUCAAAUCGGUGUUGGCAAGCACACUAAGCGUUCGGUGUUGUCAACCAUUGCACGGUGCUAUGAUCCUAUGGGAUUGAUUGGACCCACAUUGACCAGAGCGAAAAUCAUCAUGCAGCGCAUGUGGAGAGACAAGCUGCAUUGGGAUGAAAGUCUUCCUCAGCCACUGGAAUCGGCUUGGACUGAGUUUUGCAAGGACUUCGCUACUGUGGGUAACGCUACAUUUCCGCGUUAUAUACUUCAACCUAAGGCAAGGUUUGAGUUGCAUGCCUUUUGUGAUGCCAGCCUCCAGGCCUAUGGGGCUUGUAUCUACGCUCGUUCGUUUAGGGAUACCGCCGAUGAGGUACAUUUGCUUUGUUCGAAGGCUAGAGUUGCACCAUUGAAAACCCUCACGGUGCCUAAGCUUGAGCUAUGUGCAGCGUUCCUGUUAGCCAAUUUACUUCGCGAAAUUAGGAAAAUCGAUACCUUCGACUGCCCGAUCCAUUGCUGGUCGGAUUCAACUGUGGUACUGUCUUGGUUGCGAGAGGAACCAUCCAAAUUCAACGUGUUUGUGUCUAACAAGAUUUCCGCAAUACAGCAACUUACGAGGGGCAUGGAUUGGCGCUAUGUACCAACUGAAAUGAACCCGGCUGACAUUCUUUCAAAGGGAGCAGCGCCUCAGGAGCUCUUGCAGUCUAGGUUGUGGAUGAAUGGACCUUCUUUCUUGCAAGGCGAAAGAAGUAGCUGGCCUGAACGUUGUUCGCCCGAACUCAGUCUUCCGGAAAUUAGGCAUCGAGUAUUGCUGUCGUCUGGGCGUGUCGACAUCUCGCUUUCGUUUAAGCACAUUAACUCAUUCGGAGUCAUGAUGCGCAUUUUCGGAUAUGUUCAUAAGUUCGUCAGCAAGAAAAGGUCACCUGAUCUCUCGUCUGAAGACCUUCGCAAAGGAUCGCACUUGUUGUGUCGCAUCGUUCAACGCGCCCACCUUUAUCCCGAGUACCGUUCUCUGCGGAAGGGGAACUGUGUGGAGUCCUCCAGCAGCAUUAUAUCUCUCUCGCCUUUCAUAGAUGACGUUGGUUUGAUUCGUGUUGGUGGCCGCUUGCGGCACUCAACUCUUGGCUUCGAUGCACGCCACCCAAUAAUUUUGCCCAGGGAUCAUCCAUUGACGUUCGCCAUCAUCAUCCACUUUCAUCGGAAGCAUCACCAUGCUGGGCCGCAGUCUCUACUGGGAUCUAUUCGCUUGCAGUUCUGGCCCAUCGGCGGCAUGAAAACUGUUGCUCGAGCGUUGCGGAAAUGCAUCAUCUGCUGCAGGUCGAGACCUCGUCUUGUGGAACACAUAAUGGCUGACCUACCGAAGGAUCGAGUGCAGGAUUCGCCUGCAUUCAGCGUCACUGGAAUCGAUUACUGUGGUCCCUUUUAUUACAAGCCAGAUGGCCGCACUCGAACGCCUACAAAAUGCUACAUCAGCGUCUUCAUCUGUUUUGCAACAAAUGCCGUUUGGUUGGAAUUAGUGAAGGACCUCACAACUGCUGGAUUUUUGAGUGCCCUCAAACGCUUCGUUGCCACGCGCGGCAUACCCCGAUGCAUUUGGUCGGACAAUGCCACCAAUUUUGUGGGCGCGAGGAACGAGUUGGAGGACCUUCGGCGGCUGUUUAUGAGCGAGAAGCAUCGUGAUGCAGUUCAUAAUCAUUGCAUCAACAAUGGCUUCAAUUGGAAGUUUAUCCCGCCUCGCUCACCCCACUUCGGGGGCUUGUGGGAGGCAGCAGUGAAGAUGGCCAAGCAGCAUUUAUAUCGCUCCCUGGGAUCGUCACUCUUUGGCUUUGACGAGCUGCGGACAUUGGUCUGCCAAAUCCAGGCUGCAAUAAAUUCUCGUCCUCUUCUCGCAAUUUCAGAAAACCCUGAAGAUCUUGGCGUCCUUAAACCAGGACAUUUUCUAAUUGGUCGUCCGCUGAUGGAGUUUCCCGAGCCAGAUGUUACAAAUCUAAACUUUAACAGACUAGAUUGCUGGCAAAGAGUCGCCUGUGCUCAGCAGAUCUUUUGGAAGCGUUGGAGUGAGGAGUAUUUGACUCUGCUACAACAACGUGCCAAAUGGCGCACACCGCAGCCAUCGAUCCAAGUCAACGACAUCGUCUGUAUAAAGGACGAAAACUUGCCGCCGUUGAAGUGGCCAUUAGCACGGGUGAUCGACAUCAUCGCUGGAGCUGAUGGCACUGUGCGAGUUGCCGUCCUGAAAACACCGUCUGGAACCACUCGUCGAGCUGUCAACAAGCUGUGCGUCCUACCCGUUGAGGAUCCUGUUAAAAGCCUUAGUCUUUCAACGGGGGGGAGUAUAGUCGGAGCAGCAGCCGAUAAUAGGUCUUCUUAA